CUCUGGGCGCUCGGCAGGGGAAGGCAGGUGCGCAAAUCACUCCAUCUCUUUCUCGCACAUCUCCUAGUUUGGCCGUUCUUCUGCUUUUCUCCCCUGAGUGGAGGUGAGUUUUGGGGGAGCGAGGGCAUUCGGAAAGGCAGGAUGGUCAACAACCUGACCGAAUGCGAGGAGGCAGAGGGGGCCGCCAACAGCCAGGUGGUCGACGCCAUCUGUCCACCCAAGAAAGGAGAUGGUAACCCUAAGGAGAGCAGUCCAUUCAUCAACAGCACCGACCCAGAGAAGAACCAGCAAUAUGACGGCAAGAACAUGGCUCUGUUUGAGGAGGAGAUUGACACAAUUCCCAUGGUAUCGUCUCUUCUCAGCAGUCUUGCCAACUACUCAAACCUGCCCCAGGGCAGCAAAGAACACGAGGAGGCGGAAAACAACGAGGGCUCGCGCAAGAAACCUGUCCAGGCACCGCGGAUGGGAACGCUGAUGGGCGUCUACCUGCCCUGCCUGCAGAACAUCCUGGGCGUGAUUCUGUUUCUCAGGAUGACCUGGAUGGUGGGCAUCGGCGGCGUCAUCGAGGCCUUCAUCAUCGUGCUCAUGUGCUGCUCCACGACGAUGCUCACUGCCAUCUCCAUGAGUGCCAUUGCCACAAACGGCGUAGUGCCAGCUGGAGGCGCCUAUUACAUGAUCUCUCGUUCUCUGGGCCCUGAGUUCGGUGGAGCUGUAGGUAUCUGCUUCUACUUGGGCACCACCUUUGCUGGAGCCAUGUACAUCCUGGGCUGCAUCGAGAUCCUGCUGGUGUACAUCGUACCACAAGCGGCUGUUUUUAAGAUGGAGGGUCUGGAGGGAGCCGAGGCCGAGGCCGCCAUGCUGAACAACAUGCGUGUUUACGGCACGCUGGUGCUCAGCUUCAUGGCCAUUGUGGUGUUUGUAGGAGUGAAGUACGUGAACAAGCUGGCGCUCGUCUUCCUCGCCUGUGUCAUCUGCUCGAUCCUCGCCGUCUACGCUGGAGUGAUCAAAACCGCCUUCGAGCCUCCGGUCUUCCCAGUGUGUGUGCUGGGAAACCGGACUCUGGUUUGGAAAGGCUUCGAUGUGUGUGCGAAGGUCAUCGAGAGAGAAAACGCCACGGUCACCACCAAACUCUGGCGGCUCUUCUGCGACUCUGAGUUCCUGAACGCCACCUGUGACAGCUAUUUCACCAACAACAACAUCACGGAAAUACAGGGAAUCCCCGGAAUCAUGAGUGGUAUCCUGCGUGAUAAUCUCUUUGGGAAUUAUAUGGAUAAGGGAGCGUUUAUUGAGAAGCUGGGAUUACCCUCCGUGGAUGAACCCGAUUCCAUACCGACCAACACCAACCGCUACGUGCUUGCCGACGUCACCAGCUUCUUUACCAUGCUGGUGGGCAUCUACUUCCCCUCCGUGACAGGUAUCAUGGCUGGAUCAAACCGAUCCGGUGAUUUGCAGGAUGCCCAGAAGUCCAUUCCCAUCGGCACCAUCCUGGCCAUCACCACCACCUCCAUCAUCUACAUGUCUAGUGUGCUUCUGUUUGGUUCCUGCAUCGAGGGAACGGUGCUGAGGGAUAAGUUUGGUGAGGCGGUCAGGGGGAAUCUGGUGAUCGGGACACUGGCGUGGCCUUCGCCCUGGGUCAUCGUCUUCGGUUCCUUCUUCUCCACCUGCGGUGCGGGGCUUCAGAGCUUGACGGGCGCUCCGCGUCUCAUGCAGGCCAUCGCACGAGACGGCAUCGUGCCGUUCCUCAGGGUGUUUGGUAAUGGAAAAGCAAACGGGGAGCCCACCUGGGCGUUGCUCCUGACCGCAUGUAUCUGUGAGAGUGGGAUUCUCAUCGCUUCUCUGGAUAACGUCGCUCCGAUUCUCUCCAUGUUUUUCCUCAUGUGCUACAUGUUUGUGAAUCUGGCCUGUGCUGUUCAGACUCUGCUCAGAACGCCCAACUGGAGGCCGCGGUUCAAGUUCUACCACUGGACUCUAUCCUUCCUUGGCAUGAGCCUCUGUCUCUCGCUCAUGUUCAUCUGUUCUUGGUACUACGCCAUCGUUGCCAUGGGAAUCGCCGGCUGUAUCUACAAGUAUAUCGAGUUCCGAGGGGCGGAAAAGGAAUGGGGUGAUGGAAUAAGAGGUCUGUCUCUCAGCGCGGCCCGGUUCGCCCUUAUGAGGCUGGAAGAGGGACCACCACACACCAAGAACUGGAGGCCUCAGAUAUUAGUCCUGGUCAGCAUGGAUUCUGAGCUGAAUGUGGAGCAGCCGCGUUUGCUGUCUCUGACCAAUCAGCUGAAGGCUGGGAAGGGUCUGACCAUCGUGGGCACAGCACUGGAGGGAACCUACCUGGAAAACCAUCCUCAAGGACAGCAGGCCGAACAGUCUCUGAGGAAGCUCAUGGAGGCGGAGAAGGUGAAGGGUUUCUGUCAGGUGGUCAUCUCUUCUAACAUGAGGGACGCCACGUCACAUUUGGUCCAGGCCGGAGGUUUGGGAGGUCUUCUACACAACACCGUACUGGCCUGCUGGCCCCGCAACUGGAAACAGGCUGAGGAUCAUCAGAACUGGAGAAACUUCAUUGAGCUGGUAAGAGAAACCACUGCUGCCAGUAAAGCCCUGCUGGUGCCCAAGAACAUCUCUGCCUUCCCGUCAAACGGAGAGCGCUUCACAGAGGGUCAAAUUGAUGUGUGGUGGAUCGUACAUGAUGGAGGCAUGCUGAUGCUGCUACCGUUCCUCCUCCGCCAGCACAAGGUUUGGAGGAAGUGCAAGAUGCGCAUCUUCACUGUGGCCCAGAUGGACGAUAACAGCAUCCAGAUGAAGAAGGAUCUGACAACCUUCCUGUAUCACCUGCGCAUAGACGCCGCAGUGGAGGUGGUGGAGAUGCAUGACAGCGAUAUCUCGGCGUACACGUAUGAGAAGACCCUGAUGAUGGAGCAGAGAUCUCAGAUCCUGAAGCAGAUCAACCUCACCAAGACUGAGCGUGAACGUGAGGUGGAUCCCCGUAUUUGGCAGCAAAGAUCAAUGAAGCAAAAGAUCUUCUUGACUCUGGCCCUCGGCGCUGACCCAGCUGCCCGCGCUACCCCAACAGAGAGUUACAUCUACUUCAGAGCCGCCAACUCACCCAUGAGUCUCCACAAGUCAUUGUUCUCCUCCAUGUUUUUCUGCCAUAAAUCAGCUGACUCUCAGCAUACUGCAUUCUGUUCUAUCUGUCACUGUUCCCCACCACCGCUUAAUGAACAGCUCAUUCAUGACCAGAGUACCAACCCGCCGACCCCGGCCACACCGCAGUCCCCCAGCGCAGAGGCCGAGACCCCCGGCACGGCUGUUCAGAUGACAUGGACCGAAGCAAAGUGCGAUGGAGAGCAGGCCAAACCUAUAGGAGCCACGACACCAGAGGCCAUCAAAGACCUCUUCAACAUGAAACCAAACCAGUCCAACUUGAGGCGCAUGCACACUGCACUCAGACUCAAUGAAGUCAUCAUAAAGAAAUCCCAGGAGGCCAGACUAGUCCUGCUCAACAUGCCCGGACCGCCCAAAAACAGAACCGGCGACGAGAACUUGUGGCCCAAGCAAUAUCCCAGAAUUCCCUUGCAUCAACCAGCUUCAUUCGUCCAACAGAAAAUCCCGUUCUACUGGCCUGCCAAGCUCUCACUGGCCAAACAUCGCUCUUGGCGUUACUCUCGUUCAUGA